CUCUUGAGGAGCCCAGGAAGGAGCCUCAGCUAGUGCCGCCGGGCCACGGGCUGCCGCGAUCGGAUUGCAGCCGUCGUUAGCGGGUCAUGUCGGCCGCCCAGGGCUGGGACAGGAACCGCCGGAGGGGAGGAGGCGCCGCAGGCGGUGGCGGCGGCGGCGGAGGUAGCGGGGCCGGCGGGGGCAGUGGGGGCAGCGGGGGUCGGGGGACCGGCCAGCUCAACCGCUUCGUGCAACUCUCCGGGCGGCCGCACCUGCCAGGUAAGAAGAAAAUACGAUGGGACCCAGUUAGGAGGCGCUUCAUUCAGUCCUGUCCCAUCAUAAGGAUCCCUAACAGGUUUUUGAGAGGCCACAGACCUCCACCAGCACGAAGCGGACAUCGUUGUGUGGCAGAUAAUACCAAUCUGUAUGUGUUUGGAGGUUAUAACCCAGAUUAUGAUGAAUCAGGAGGGCCAGAUAAUGAAGACUAUCCUCUCUUCAGGGAGCUUUGGAGGUAUCAUUUUGCUACAGGAGUAUGGCACCAGAUGGGCACAGAUGGCUACAUGCCCCGAGAGUUGGCAUCUAUGUCACUUGUGCUGCAUGGAAACAACCUGUUGGUGUUUGGAGGAACAGGCAUCCCAUUUGGUGAGAGCAACGGCAAUGACGUCCAUGUCUGUAACGUGAAGUAUAAGAGAUGGGCUUUACUCAGCUGUCGGGGGAAGAAACCCAGUCGUAUAUAUGGACAGGCCAUGGCUAUCAUCAAUGGCUCACUUUAUGUCUUUGGAGGGACAACUGGCUAUAUUUACAGCACAGACCUGCACAAAUUAGAUCUCAAUACCAGAGAGUGGACACAACUGAAACCAAACAACCUAUCCUGUGAUCUACCAGAAGAGAGAUACAGACAUGAAAUUGCACAUGAUGGGCAGAGGAUUUACAUCUUGGGAGGUGGUACUUCUUGGACAGCUUAUUCCUUAAACAAGAUUCACGCAUAUAACCUUGAAACGAAUGCAUGGGAGGAAAUUGCAACAAAACCCCAUGAAAAAAUAGGUUUUCCUGCAGCCCGAAGGUGUCACAGUUGUGUUCAGAUAAAAAAUGAUGUGUUCAUUUGCGGGGGCUAUAAUGGAGAAGUGAUCCUGGGAGAUAUCUGGAAGCUGAAUCUGCAGACUUUUCAAUGGGUAAAGCUCCCAGCUACCAUGCCAGAGCCAGUUUAUUUUCACUGUGCAGCUGUUACACCAGCUGGUUGCAUGUACAUUCAUGGAGGAGUGGUGAACAUCCACGAAAAUAAACGGACUGGGUCGUUGUUUAAGAUCUGGCUGGUGGUUCCUAGCCUGCUGGAACUGGCGUGGGAGAAGCUGCUUGCGGCCUUCCCCAACCUAGCAAACCUCUCCCGGACACAGCUUCUGCACCUUGGACUCACACAGGGACUCAUCGAGCGCUUGAAAUGAGGAUUUCUGGACUGUUCAUUGAUACUGGAAAUGUUAAUUUAAAGAGACUCCUUUAUUUAUGGGCAGUGUAGAAUGUGCUACAGAGAGGACUGGUUACCCUGAUCAAGGCCUUAUUCAGAAAAUACAUCAGAUGCCUUUCUGUAAAUUGUUUUAAGUUUAUGGAAUCUCACUUUCCCUCGUGCUUUUUUCUUUGCUUCUCUCCCUUCUGCCCCAGUACACACACACAUACUCACAUACUCCCUCUUCCUUGAUGGAGUUGAGGGAAAGUCUGAAAGUACCUUAAUAAUGUUAUGAAUUAAGAUAAGAUAAAGAAAAUUUUAGAGGAACUCUAGGGGUAUGACCCUGUCAGGCAGUGCUCUAUAAAUUAAAGCAACGUCAUCGAUAAAAACAAAAAUAAAAUUUAAAAAAUUAAAUCCAGCAACAACAACAAGAAGUUUUGGGGAUAGAACAAGAAGGCUAACCUUGAGACUCUUGCAUAUUAUAGGGAAAGCUAGAUGUUUAACUUCCUGUUUUCAAAGGUACAUCUAACUGAGUAGCUGGAUCUAAUGGCAGCGGUGGUUGAUGUCUUGCUGCCUAGGUACCCAAACCGAUCCUUUGACUUUGGAGAAAAGUUAAGCAGCUCAGCAGCUCUUGAUUAGUGAUUUCUUUUCUCAUCCUUAUGGUGCCAGCAGUGAUUAGAGUUGACUUGUCUAAAGACUUUACUGUGUGUUGUAAUUGUGCUGUUUGUCGUUGCUCUUAGAAAUUAUGGCACCAAGAACAUGUCAAAUCAAGAAAUUUAUGGUGGUCACAGUUCUUCGUUCUGGGCAGUUUUGAAAUUCUCCUAUGCUUAUUAAUGGUUUCAAGUAUCUUUUUGACUUCACUGUGGGGAAUUGCAGACCCUAAGUGUGUGGCAUAAAUGCUGUGGGACAUAAAUGGCAUCCCUGGUGGCGCAGUGGUUGAGAAUCUGCCUGCCAAUGCAGGGGACACAGGUUCGAGCCCUGGUCCGGGAAGAUCCCACAUGCCGCGGAGCAACUAAGCCCGUGCACCA